GAAGCUCAUAUAAGCUGUCUGGGUAUCUGUCCAUUUAGCCCUUUAUCAUUCGUAGGCUACCUAGAUCAUUUGAUUACAAUAGUAGGAUCCUACCUAUAAAGUCAUUAACCUACCUAAGGCUUUGGAACCUUUUGAUCGUUUCGCGUCUCUUAGAAGCUUCGUUAUAUACUAACUAACUACCUAGGUAACUACCAUUAUAUACUACCUAGGAGCUAGCUUUUACGUAUACCUAUAUUCUUAUUGUUAUUACACUUAUACCAAACGCAGAAAUACAUCCAUUUACUUAUAGGCACCUGUAAACAUCUUCAUUAAACUACACCAUGACAGGCACAAUCAUCAUCACCGGAGCAAACGGCUCUCUUGCAAUCCCUGCUGUGCAUCAUCUUUUAACCAAGUACCCAGACUACACGGCGGUUCUGACCGUUCGUAAGACAGAGGAUACAGAUCCCAACACCAAGAAACUGCGCGAGACCAUUGCUAAGUUUCCCGAGGCUCAGACAUCCAUCCGCCAACUUGACCUAGCCAAUCUCACUGCUGUACACGACUUUGCAAGCACAAUUGCUACCGAGAUUGCGGAAAAGAAGCUACCGCCGCUUGCUAGCAUUGUCUGCAAUGCCUAUUACUGGAAUUUGUCUGGCGAUCCCGAGUUCACGGCAGAAGGAGUCGAGAAGACGAUCCAAGUGAACCACAUUUCCCACGUUGCUCUAGUCCUUCGACUACUAGGUAGCUUCAGACCUGAAGGUGGCCGUAUUGUACUCUUCACUAGCAACGCCCAUUUCCCCGGUAAAAACGGCUUGGAGAAGUACCCGCCGGCUAUCCCGGACGAUUUGGAUUCUUUAUUGAAGGCUAAGCCGGAUGCCGACAAGCUAGGACGAGGCAUGAAUAUAUACGGAAAUUCAAAGUUGGCCAUUCUCAUGUGGGGAUACGCGUUGAACAGGCAUCUCGAGAAGGAUGAGAAGCUGCGCAACAUCACAGCAAUAAUAAUUGAUCCCGGCAAUCUGACUGAUUCGCGCGCUCUACGCACGAACACGCCUCUAUUCCUCCGCAUUGUUCAAAGAUUUGUGCUUCAGCCUCUGCGGCCACUCGUUAGUCUCGCAGACCCAAGUUACCGCACAGCAGCAAAUGCAGGUACAGAUGUGAUAGAUCUUGCUACAAACAAUACCUACCCAGGAGAACGCGGUUAUCUCCUUACGUUAAAGAAAGAGCCCAGUUCCCCUGAUAGUUAUAACGAGGAUAAGCAGGAGAAGCUGUGGGUUAAGAGCGCCGAGUGGGCAAAGGUCACCAAGGAGAACACCGCCAUUGCGAGCAGUCUUUGAACGAGUCGCAGCAGUGGGAGGCGGGAUUUCGCGGCAUGUUGAACCCUGGCUUUUCAAGAGCGCAGAGAAAUGAAGUUAUUGUCGAAUAGUAUUUUAGAUUCCCCAAAUUGAGCAUCAGUUUAUUUAUAAGGAAAUUUCCAAG